AUUCCAGCGUGCGAGAAACAGGGACAGCCAGUGUCAGAAGGAACAACCACCAUUAUGGAGAACGUAGGACUCCUACUCCUGCUCCUCCUCCUCGGCUCUGCCCGAUCACAGAAGGGCCCGGAGCCCAUCUUCAGACAGCGAGGCGAGGACAUAGAGAUGGGCUUCUGUUUUGGAGUGGACUACAUCGCUGUUUACAAGCCAGGCCCAGGCAGGGACCUGUUACUAGGGAACUCCUCCGAUGAGCCUCCCUCCCCCCUGUCGGAUUACCAGGGCCGGGUGAGCAUCACCAACAGACCCCCCCUGAUGGGCCUCCAGAUCAGCCAGCUUCGGGACUCCGACUCAGGGGUGUAUCGCAGGGAGUGCUGGAAGGACGGGAGCCAGGUGGACGAGCAUGAGCUGCAGCUGUUGGUUUGCGACCAGGAGACCAGCGCUCAGGAGAUCACAGUGACGGAGGACGGAGGGGCGGAGCUGUUCUGCAACGGAAGCUUCACUGCUCAGGGCGGAGCCAGUGUGCUCUGGUACCACGAGGUGUUCCCAAACUACACCAGUGAACUGUUCCUGGACAGCAGGGUGUCCCUGGAGCCCCUGGAGGAGGAGCUGAGGGGUGCGGUGCAGGUGGGGGAGGGCGGGAGGACCCUCUACGUCACGGCCACCAUGUUGAAGAGCAGCCAUCACUUCCUCUGCCUGGUGAUGGCAGGAGACAAGUGCCUCAGCUUCCACAACGCGUACCUGCUGAACCCCGAUGAGCUGAGCGUGUUCCGCUCCGACGGAGAGAGGGUGGUGCUGGCCUGUCCCUCCACACACCGUGACACCACCCGGAGAUGGGAGACACCGCUGGGUCAAGUCAACACCACCAGGAAGUCCCAGAGCGAAGGUGACAAGUGGGGGGAUCGGAUGUAUGCGGUGGACGGCGAUGAGCCGGGCUAUUCUCUGGUCAUCCCGGUGUUGUCUAAAGACCUCUUCGGCCAGUACUCCUGCUUCUCCCCCUCCCUGGUGGGCAAGUUCUCCCUGCUGAAGUGCCCCAGCAGGGAGCCUCGUACGCUGCUUGUCUCAGAGGGGGGAACCGCCACGCUGCCCUGCGACGUCGACGAGGAGGACAGAGUGGAAGUGCUGUGGUACCAACACAGAUCCCUGGGGAACGACCAGCUCAUCCUGGACUCCAGGGACACGUCCGUGGCCCUGCCCAAGCACCUCCGAGGCAGGGCCACGCUCUCAGAGCAGGAUCACUCCCUGCUGCUGUCCCAGCUGAGCACGGAGGAUAUGGGGAAGUACUACUGUGUGGUGCUGGAGGGCGGCGGCGGGUUCCUGGACGAAGACGAGUACCCCGACCGUCCGGCUGAGGAGGAGGGGUAUAACUAUGACGAUGACUACGAGCCCUGGCUGGACUCUGACCAGUGCUUCUCCAAACAGGUGACUGAUCUGACGAUGUCAAAAGGCAAAACGCCUGAACACACCCCAGCUCCAGCCCCGAGCUCAGCCGUGUAUGCUGCUGGGGCGGUGGGCGUCCUGGUUCUCAUCGGGGUGGUGACGGCGGUGGUGAUCUGGAAGAAGAAAAGCGCCCAGAAACAAACAGCCAAGGGCCAGAAGACCAAAGACGUGGAGUUUGAGAAAGUCAGCACUAAUGCUCUACGAUGUCCUGGCACAGUAGAACUGAAACAAGGCAUGACGACUCACGACUGUGUAGCAGAGCUCGGGGCCAUUUUGAUGACUUGAUGACUAAACCAGUUAGGCUGCUGUCCUGACAGCGCCGGGGAAUGUGGAAACAAAAAAACUGAAGUCGAAGUACAUCCGACUAACAUGGAAUGGUCCUACACUUCCUCGUACUAUAGGCUGGGCAGCAGUGCAGGGCUCGCCGUGUUUCACUGACGUUACAAAACAAAAUACUUUUCAAAGUAGUUGUUCUUGCACACUAUCGCAGUCUAGUGUUGGAGAAUGGAUGGGACAGGGGUGUCAGGCCUGAUGAAUAUGCAUCUUGAAUAAUCGUUUUUCUAUGCAAGGCAUUAUCACAUGAAAAUACAUGUCACACAUAUUUUGUACAGUAUUACUUGUAUAUCAGUUCUAUCACUAACAUGGUUGGUCAUGGCAAUUAUUAACUCAUGAAGAAAUAAAGAUUCUCCUCUUUG